AUGUUCCGGCGCACUUGCGUGCUGGAGCAUAGAUUCUGUUCUGCAGGUGCGGUUCGUCUCCACAUCCCUGUUCUAACGCCUGGCCAAGCACUGCGGGUGAGUUGCCUGUGGCAGGAGCCAAUCGAUCCUUCACGUUUUUCGGGACGAUCAGCCCCGCAACUCCUGGUCUAUUCUUCUGGUCCUUUGGCUGCCUCGCUUCCGACUCCGCCAAGCCCAACAAGCUCAACGCUGGGUUUGUGCAGUCCUCCACGAGAAAUCCAGAGCUUUUGGGAAGCAUCCGCGCUCUUUGCGGGGCUGUGGACUCAAGGAUUUUCAAGCGGAUUUGGCAGCCUGCGAAAUCCACAGGUUGUCCUAGAGGUGAUGAGAAGCCCUGGACGUGGUGAGGAGCUGCAGCUGGAUCUUUAUCUCUGCAUUCCAGCAGUUGCUCUUCCAAAGAAGGCCAAGGACGCACAGCGGCCCAAAGUGGCCAUCACCGUCUUCGUUCGUCAGGAGGAGUCCAGCCGCAAGGACAAGGGGGCUCCGGAGCGUCUUGCGGAGGGUGUGCUACGCAAGGAGCUGAAAAGUGAGAAGGCGACUGUCGGUGCAUAUGCAGUCGCUUCCUUGGCUCUUUGUGGCGCGGAGUCCCGCCAACAACUCUUCGUGGUUCUACAAAACAACGAUCCGCAGGAGUCCUGGCCCUGGCAGCUGCGGGUGCUUGCGAGGUCGCUGGCACCAUUGCAGAUGCAGAAGCGCUUAGAAGCAACAAUCCCGCCUGCACCGGAGACGCCCGACGUACCGCCGCUGCGCGCCGCUGUGCUUGGAGGUUUUGCAGAGCCAGGACGUAUAUACACCUGCUGGCCUGAGGCUGUGGCACUCUACGUGCCCAAGCGCAUGAGAUCUACCGCAGCUGCAGCAGCGGUGGUGUCGACUCCUGAGGGUGACGAUUCUUCAGGAACUUCAUGCCCUGGGCUUGCCUUUCCUCAACCAGCUUCUCACCUGGCAGGACAUCCUUCGCCCGAGCCCUCCCAUUCCUGGAUGUUGGCUCGGGACACUUGGGCAUCGGAGGAAGCUCCCAAGGUGCUGACGAGCUGUGGCACUGUUGCCUCUGAGCGACGCUUUACGGAGCCCGACCACUGGCCGGUGCGAGAUGCGGCUGCUGUCCCGGAGGUGGACGAAGAAGCCUUCCCAGAUGUGACGGCGACCUUGGCUUCACCUGCGCGCGUAGCCAUCGUGACAGAUGAGGGGCCAGUUCGAUCUCAGGCGUUGCCCGAGCCCCGCCAGGCAAAGCCAGAGGCAGAAGCAAGAAGGAGGCCUCCGAUUCCCCAGCCGCCAAAGCGAUUGUAUGUGCGCGGCCAGAAGGACAAGGAAGAGACAGAGACAAAUGCUCCAGAGCCCGAGGAUGGGCCGGCUGAGCCCCACGCGUCCUUCGGAAGGCCAGGGCCAGACAUCUCCAUGCCAGCCUCACAGAGCGAACGCCACGCCCGAAUUGAGGCUUUGAUGCGUCGCCGGCGAUAUGGUCGAGAGCGCAUUAUGGAAGAUCCGCAGUUUUAUCGCGAAGGGCCCAGGCAGCAAACAAACAGCCUUCCACCACCGCGGGUGCGACGACCACGGAUGGCGUGCCGAGAUGAUGUGGAAGAGAAGCCGGAGCAAAAUUCCGCUCCGCCGCUCAGUGCUCGUGGCGAGCGCAGCCCUUCAUUGCCACCAAUCUCUGGAGAAACCAGAUCUGGCAAGGAGGGCAGCCGCUGCUGCAGCUUCACAGGGCAUCCGAUUUUCUGCUGCAAGGCAGAGCCCCGGCGAAGCCCUGGAAGCCAGGCGAGCGCGAGACACCUUGUACGCUUGGAGCGGCAGCAAGGCCGUGAUCGGCUGGGCUUUGGAAAUGUGGCAUCGGGAACGCCGCAAGCUCCAGUGCUGUUAAUAAGCUGGAUCCGGGACGGCGCGUUGGCUGACUUCAAUUCCGCGGCGCCAGAAGGUUUAGCUGUGCCAGUGAACUCGGCUAUUGUAUCGGUCAACGGGGUCUCCGGCGAUGUGCAACGGAUGCGAGAGGCGUUGCGAUCGCAGGUGGUGGAGAUGGAAAUCAUGGCGCCUGAAAGGUGGCGCUACUCCAAGGUCACGAAUUCAGCUUGA